UGGCAUAGGACCUAACCUCUUCUUUUCUUCACAGAUCGCGAAGAAAAACAACAUGGCGAUUGCGAUUUGAUUGGGAACAAGGACAAUUUUUUUUGAGAGGUUAUCUCAAGCGCAACGCCUGUCACGCGCAGUCCUUUGAAGUUAUAUCGAAGUUACGGAAGUAUUGUACGAUGGGAACUGAACAUUUAAUUUAUGCCUGCUCUCUAAUUUUAACGUUUUAUCUCUCAGUUGUCUUUUGUGAGAUUGAACCGCGUUAUGAUGAGAAAAUUGAACUAUUCGCGACAUCGACAAAAUUGCCGGAGUUCGUGUCCGAGAAGCCACAGACUGGAAUGGGCUUCCUGCAUGCCUUCGUAGCAUCUUUGUCAGUAAUCGUGGUAUCUGAAUUAGGAGACAAAACAUUCUUCAUCGCCGCUAUUAUGGCAAUGAAGCAUCCACGGUUGACUGUAUUCAUUGGUGCAAUAAGUGCUCUUGCAUUGAUGACCAUUCUCUCAGUGGUGUUCGGAUAUGCGGCCACAAUAAUUCCUCGUGCUUAUACCUACUAUAUCUCCACUCUUCUCUUCGCUUUGUUCGGAUUAAAAAUGUUACGAGAUGGAUAUUAUAUGUCGCCGACAGAAGCGCAAGAAGAACUAGAAGAAGUUCAGUCUGAUUUGAGAAAAAGGGAUGACGAGUAUGAAAAGGAGACGGCAAGUACUUUAGUUCAGGAUCCAGAAACCGGAGUAAUACGCAAAACUACUAGCAAAAGCAGUGCACUCAUGCUGCUCUCUAGGAUAUUCUUACAAGCAUUCACCCUUACCUUUCUCGCGGAAUGGGGCGAUCGUUCUCAGUUAACGACUAUUAUCCUUGCAGCAAGAGAGGAUGUUUAUGGAGUCGUUCUAGGUGGAAUACUUGGUCAUUCAUUUUGUACAGGCUUGGCAGUUAUAGGAGGACGUAUGAUAGCUCAAAGAAUAUCUGUGAGAACAGUGACCAUUAUUGGAGGCUUAGUGUUCAUAUUAUUUGCCGUAACAGCACUCUUCGUCAACCCCGUAGAAAACGUUUGAGGAUAACUCUUCCUUAACUUCAAAAAUUUUUACCAGUAUUUCUUUAUGAACGUUGUAUAUUGUGAGAGUAUUGUAAGUUUGUACAUAGUGAUCUGUUCUAUUGAAUUUUUGCAGAACCACAAAGUUAACCAAUCGCUGACCAGUUUUAACCAGCGAGAAAGAAACUUGUCUUCUUAAUAUAUAUUAUAUUUUGUUGCAUUAAACGUACGCGCUAGCACAACAUGCUCCGACGCUUUCCGUGAAAUAAUACGAAAUAGGUUUUUCUUAUCUCCGCAACAGAAAGUAUGCUGAAGCAUGUUGUGCCAGCGUGCAUCAAGCGCAACACUUUGGGGGGUCGUAACGAAAUAAGCUUUUACGUAACUUUAGGCUUGUUUUUCAAUAUAGAGACCGAUCGUGUCAAAGAUCUGUCAGCUUUAAAAAUAACAAUAUGUAAUUAAGA